AUGGCCGAGUCUGAGUCGGAAGCGCCAAGCAAAGACAAUCUUAAGGACGCCACACAGGAUAAUGUGAAUGAGCGCGAAAGUUGUGUCACCGAACGUGAGGAUCGACCGCUUGUGCUGGAGGAACGUCACUCAUUGUCAAUAGCUGAGACCAAGAAGCGUCGCGCUAGCGUCUACUCCAACGAGAAUCUGUUUAUACCCAAGGAGCUGGCACGUGGCGAGCUGCAUCAGCGCAAAAAUACCCCGGCAGUGAAUACUCUUGACCAAAUCAACAAUACGGACUACAGCAUACGCAUGCUCAAGUUUCCAGUGGGCACGGGACGUGCGCGCAUUGUGGCCAGAGAAAUGAAGCAUCGCAGACUCUCGGACGCCAGACCAACAUCAGACCAGCGAAUAGAGACAAGAGCUACUAAGAGUGAGCCGCGCAUUAAACAGGAGUUUAGGGAUGCAGAGGCUACGCAGCUUAGUAUGCCUAUUUUGGAGACGGACUCAGCAAUGCGAUUGAAUAGCGAUGAUGAAUGCAGCAUUGUGCUGCAGGAGAUUGUUGAAGGUAAUUGGCUGCAACAAGGCGCAACGUCCAAUUUACCCAAGCGUCUUUUGAAGCGCGCGACAAGCGAUCCAGAGCUGAGCCACCGAAGAGAUAAGACGUUGAAGCAACUGCGUCGCCACCGUCAGCAACUCCAUUGGCAUAGUCCCAAUAGCCUAGGAAGUGAGCUCAAGAUUGACUCAAUGUGUGUCAAUAACAAUGCUGAUAUACAAGUGUGCCAUAAUCAGCAAGAAAUCACGCCUACAACAACAGUUGAUGAUCAAGUGGUGGCGGCAACAGUUCAAGAGAUCACUGCCGUGGAGGAACAUCAACAGCAGGAGGUUCCAGCAAUGACAGUUGAGCUGUUGAUUGGCGCAGAAGACUUAACAGUGGAGCGCAUAGAAAUCAAGCAACAACAACAUAAACAGCCAGAGCAACCAACUGUUGCGCAUGUGCCAUACAGGCUGCCAAACAGCAACAGCACAGCUACAACACAGAGUACAUCAGUAACAUUGUCAGACAGCACUCUGCCAAACGCGAGUUUGUACCCCCAACGUUAUACACUGCCACAACAGCAGCAGCAUUUUAUGCGGGAAUCCAGUGUGUUGCCACCAUGGAAUAAGCCACACUUUGAGAACCAUGCCUAUGCCCAACAUCAACAGUCGCCGCAAUCACAACAAUUGCUGGCGCCAGCGACGUAUUAUCAGCAACCGCAUCUGCAUAUAGCUAGCAAGGAGUUGAAACAGCUAAGCGAUCAGUAUGAGCGCGUUAAGAACCAAGAAAAGGAGCAGCAAAAAAGCUUCAAUCGAACGCUCAAGAAACUAUACACCGAUCGCUUGUUGUUUGAACGUCAACAUGCUGACUAUCAUCGAGCGUUCAUGAACAAAAUGGUGGAGAACAAGAAGCAGGAGGAUUUGCUGCAGUCGCAAAAAGAGCAGCUAUCGCGGCAACUUGGGCAGGAGUUGGCCGUCUUGGAGCAACGCAUGACUGAGAUGCGUCGCCAACUAGAUGCUGGCGCUAGAAGCUGGUACUGGCAGCAACAGCAGCAUCAAUACCAACAAUUGCAGUUGCAAUUGCAACAGCAAUAUUAUCUACGGCAACCGCCAGCACCGCCGCCUCCAAAUUCGCCGCAGGUGCCUAAGCCGAAUUGUAUGCAAUGCUGCAGUGCAUGCGCAGAUUGUGCAGAACCACAGAACAUGCAGCGCGUAUUGAUGCCACCGCCUACAGCGCCAGCAACAUCACCAUUGACAGGUUUGGCUCUCCAAGCAACAACAGCACGUGAUUGCUAUUCGCCUGGUCGCAUUAUGCGUCGCCGCCAUACCAUUGAUCAUAGAUCCAGCCACAUGACGCUAUAUCCACGCAGACCGUCCACGUCCCUGCCACUUUUUCCGCCUCCGCCCCAGACCACCUCAGUCAUAGCACACACUGGCAACGCCCAACUAAAUCAACCAAUUGAACAAACUGCGAUAACGUCUAUCAUACGCAAUUUUGUUGCAAACUAUUUGCCCGAUACGGAUCAGCAAUAAGUUUAAGCUAGAAAAACUUAGGCCCAGAGAUACGCUAUAUGCAAUCGAUUGAUUAAUAU